AUGUCAGAAGAAAUCGAUUGUCUCCGUCAUGGCUCUCCAGCGUUCAUCAUCGGCCAGCUCAGAAUCGGUGCUUUUGGUAUCUUCAAGCGAGAGUUCAGUGAGUUCAUUUACCUUCCUUUUUUUAAAAGGCAUGAGGAAAGUCCAAGCAGGUUGAGAGGGGAAAACAAGCACAAUAUUGCUAUGAUAAUGCAGACCUUAAAAAGAUUACAGAAAACUUCUCUGCAAAAGCAUCCUACAACAUUCAGAGGUUCAAGGGUGGGGACGAUGGAGGCUGGAGUAGGAGAAGGUGCAGGUGAUGCAGCAGUCCAGCUGUUUCAACUGCAGCUCGACAAUGUCUCUAGAAUCAUUUUUGCAAAAAUGGAGAUAGACUCCUCUGUAGCUAAAUCAGAUGCCUUGGUUAUGAAGAAUCAUAUGCCUGCACUGAUUCUCAGCUAUGUGAUCUGGAAUCUGGGGAAGCUGCUAAUCGAUGCGCAAAGGAUGCGGAGUGUUACUAGGGUGCAGAAAUCAGAGAUGGCGUAUGAACGCCAUGGUCUCCUGGCUGGAAAUGUCAGCAUCGUUACUGGAGAAAACAUCAAGCCUUCUUACGUUGGAGAUGAUGAGGCCUUUCUGCGGAAGGUCACUACACCAAUCUACCGAGUAGUUGAAAAGUUCUCAAAUUUCUUCAACUGGAUUCUCAAAAGCAUAAAUCACAUAGUUUGCUUCCGUGGCAGUGAACUUCUUGUGGUAUUCUUGAAGUUCUUAUAUGAUCAAGAUCCGGUGAAAGACCUCGUGGAGCAUGGAUCCUGCUGCACCACCGAAGCUCCUCCUCCACUUGAGUUGCCGCUCGGCUUCCUCCUACGCAUGCUUGCAGCUGCAGCUGUACUUCCUCUCUGUGGAGCUCCACUUCCUACCAUCCUUCUCUUAUCUUCUUUAACUAACUGA